AUGGCGACGGCGAAAACUGCGCGCACGUCUGCGCCCGAGCAAAGAUUGAAAAAACCACCGGGGUGGCUGCAUUUUGCAGCGGGAGGUAUUGGCGGCAUGUGUGGUGCAAUUAUUACGUCACCAUUGGAUGUCGUCAAGACGCGCCUGCAAUCGGACCUGUACCGCAGCCGUCCGGGCGUAAAUGUGACGCAGCAAGGUGUAUCUGGUGUGAUGCUGCGCGGAGCUAUGCAUUUUGUCGAUACGGGAAAACUUGUGGUGUACGUGUGCAGCGCAACCGCUUACAGCAGUGAAAUCAAAAAACGCGAAGGGCUGCGCGCGUUGUUUAAGGGUCUUGGACCGACAUUGGUCGGCGUCACACCUGCGCGUGCCAUUAAUUUUUACACGUAUGGGAACGGCAAGCGGAUGAUUGCGGACUUUUUUUAUGGCGGCCAGGAAACGCCGUUUGUGCACCUAAGUGCAGCAGCGCUCGCUGGCGUUAUUACGGCCACAGCCACGAACCCGAUCUGGGUUGUAAAGACACGAUUGCAAUUGGAGUCGCAAGCAUUGGAGGCGAAGUCGCGCAUGGCGCGCACACAAGCGAUUGGAAGUGCAAGCUCGGGGAUGCGUGGAAGCGGCAGCGCAAAUGCAAACAAGCCUCUGUCUAUGGCAUCAAAACGGACUAUGGGCACGUCUACAAUGCUUCGCUCGCGGUUUUUCCUGUCGCUGCCCCCGCCGCAGUACCCAGGCAAGAGUGCAAUGGGUAUGACGGUCAGCAUUUUGCGCGCCGAAGGCAUCCCCGGCUUGUACAAGGGGUUGAGUGCGAGCUACUUGGGCGUCUCGGAAAGCACGAUUCAGUGGGUUCUGUACGAACGAUUCAAAACAUGGGCGAUCAUGGCCGACGGUAAAGGUCAGGGCGCCUGGCACCAUACCAUUUCUGCCGCGGGCAGUGCAAAACUGAUUGCCACGCUUAUUACAUACCCCCACGAAGUGAUCCGCACACGACUGCGACAGCAGCCAGAGCGUGGUGUGCGAAGGUAUACUGGGCUCCUGCAAACGUUCCGCCUUGUCCUGCUUGAAGAAGGUAUUGCAGGACUUUACGGGGGGCUCAGCGCGCAUCUUUUGCGCGUCAUUCCCAACGCGAUCGUCAUAUUUUCCGUGUACGAACUAUGCCUUAAACUCGGCACAGAUUGGUAG